ACAAGGUCAACAAGGAAGAAAUAUGGCGGAAGAUCCUGAGUGGGAGUAUGUGGAGCCUCCCCCUGAAGUAGAAUUUGCCAUGAACACAGCGGAGUCAGCUACUGGUGUAGUUCAAGAGAACUAUGCAAAAGAUGCUACACAAGAAAGGCUUUGUGGGUACCUCAGUAAACUUGGAGCCAAAGGGUUAAAGACAUGGAAAGAAAGGUGGUUUGUUUUUGAACCACGAAAAUGUACACUUUAUUACUAUAGAACAAGAAACUGCACAGAUCCCUUGGGGAAUAUUGAUAUUGCCAGUGCUACUUUCUCCCUGAGCACAAAUCCAUCACUCAAAGAGUUUGAAAUUAGGGCAGGAGAAAGGGCCUACCAGCUAAAGGCCCCUGACAAAGAAACUGUGCAAUUUUGGCUACAGCAAUUGAAGGCUGAAAGGGCGAAGUUCACAAGGCGUCAGUCUAGUAUGUGUGGGGAAACACGAUCCUCUUCUUCUGGUUUAAGACCAACGAGUGGACUGUUAGCAAGCCCAAGUGGGCCCGAGAACGGCGAAGAUGUGACAGAUGACUUGGUGUCUUUUUCUGAGCCAAUUAAGAAGCCGGCCACAGUUGGCGAAGCAUCCAAAUCAGAGAGCAGCCAAUCGAUUUCGAAUCUCUCUUUAUCUAACAUAAGAACGGAACUCAAAAACUGGAGAAAAUCUGGGCUAUUUAACUCAAUUGCAGCAGGUGAUCCCUUGUACAACCAACCAAAACCUGAAGCCGAUGAGAGAUCUCUUUCUCCCAUUAAUGAAGGCAAUGGAAACCAAAAACCAGUGAAGCUGAGAGAACCUAAAGCUAGCAGUCGAGGAGUUGACUUCGGAUUCUUAAAAAUGUCGGCUGCUUUGAAGAGACGCACUUUUUGGGGAACACAAUCAGUUUCCGUGGAUCAGCAGAACAUUAAAGAAACAUGUCAAGACUGCGAAGAGUUCAAACAAAUUCUCUCAUCUCUGAAGGAAGCAAUUCAAAUAGCCGAAAAAGAGAUUCGAACACGUGACGACGUCAUAGAGAGUUUGCACGAACAGAUUCGAUAUGAGGUCACCAAUAAAUCACCGACGGGAACAAAAGCUGAAAUGGAUCCCGAUUCUCUUGAAGAAAAAGACCUUUAUAUCGAAAAGCUGUCGAACAUUUUAAAAAAAUUGAAACAAGAAAACGAAGACUUGCAAAUAAGACUAGAUGACAAGAAUAAUAAAAUUGAUGAAAUGGUGGAAAAGAAUAAUGUUUUAGAAGAAAUGAUUACAAAUAAAGACAGUGAAAUAGUAGCCUUAACAAAUCAGAUUUUUACAAUCGAACAUCCUGAAACUGCGGAGGACGCCUCCGAAGAGACUCCAGUGGUCAGUGAAAUGCAGAGUCCCUUGAAACAAGAAGAAACUGAAGACCAAUUGAAAGAGAAGUGCAACGCGUAUGUGGAACAAAACAAACUGCUCAAUAGUGAGAUUUUGGAGCUGACACGCUUGAGAAAGCUUGACAAUGACAUCAUCAAGGAUAGAGAAGCGAGGAUCGUUGAGUUGGAAGCACAAUUGUGCAAGAUUAGAAGUCGUUAUUCUGUUUUGCUGAAUGAGCGAUCGGCAUCUCCAGGAGACGCGCUGGAUAAUUUGAUCAACCAAACCUACGCGGCUGAUGGACAGCAGAAAUCCCCAACUUCUCCUAAGCUUGCUGAUAGGUAUGGUUUUUACGAAGGCAGCGACACAGAGGCCGAGGAGGGGCUCUUUGACAAGUUGUUAGAGACAAGAACUGGUUUGAAUGAGGUUUCUGUUGGAGAUAGAUGGGAAGCCUUUCUUCUUGCACAAGGCACAAAACCGAUUGAGAAAACGGAAGAAGUAAAAGGUCUUGUGCGACAAGGCAUACCUCAUGAAUACCGGGCGAGAGUCUGGCUUGGUUUGGUUAAUCAUUACGUCAGGCAUGAACGCAAGGUUGCUGGACCCGGAUACUUCCACUCUCUUUUAAAAGACAAGCAGAGUAGUUACACCCCCGCUUCCAAGCAAAUAGAGCUUGACUUGCUGCGAACAUUGCCGAAUAACAAAUUCUAUGUCAACAUGGACUCACCGGGGAUUGCCAAAUUGCGAAAUGUUCUUUUGGCUUUCAGUUGGCAUAACCCAAAUGUUGGAUAUUGUCAGGGGCUGAAUCGUCUUGGAGCCAUUGCGUUGCUUUACCUGAAUGAAGAAGAUGCAUUUUGGUGCCUAGUAGCCAUCGUAGAGCAUUUGAUGCCUCCAGACUACUACGGAAGCACUCUAAUUGGCGCACAAAUUGAUCAGAGAGUGUUAAAAGAUUUACUUGACGAAAAAUUGCCAAAGUUAUCACAGAUGUUCCAGACUUUAGGGGUGGAUCUGUCGUUACUCUCCUUCAAUUGGUUUCUGGUCGUUUAUGGUGAUAUUUUCCGCAUUGAGUUCGUUCUUCGCGUCUGGGACACAUUUCUAUUCGAAGGAAACAAGGUACUUUUCCGAUAUGCCCUUGCCAUAUUCAAAAGCUGUGAGGAAGACCUACUCAAGUUUAGAGACUGUUCAGAGGUGUUCGCUUAUUUCCGUCGGCUGCCUUCUCAUCGGACAAGCCCCCAUCGGGUGUCACAGAUUGCAUUUCAUCAAAUGAACCCUUUCCCAAAGAAAAACAUUAUGACCAAAAGAGCAUACCACAAACCGAAAUUAGAGGCUGAGCUGCGUGAAUUUGAGACGAUGAGACAAGACAAAACUGAAAGAGAUUCACGGAAAGAAAGUGAAAUAUUGAGCGAUGGGGAUGAUGAUGAUUAAUGAUCGAAACUUUAAUUAUAUAAUUCAUAGAGUUUUUAGAAUAAUAUGGUUUUACAUUGAAGGUGUCCAACGUACAUAGGUUCUCCGGGUAAUAACUGUUUCUUAUAUACGAACAUUUCAUAGUCUUUCACCUUUUUAUCCAUUCUAAACAUGUUAAUUGUUUUUGCUAGCCAGAGUAAGAUUAUAGCUUUUUAUAUGUAUGUCUUAACUAUUGUUUAAAAUUUUUAUAGAUGUUUAUACACCAAGAUGCUAGAUUUUAACAGCAAAAAUAUCCUGAGCCUUGAUAUAUAUAUAUACAUUGAACCCUGCCAAGACGGUUUGAUUGGAUGGUCCCAAAACUUUUCAUCAAACACUCCUCAGAAUAUGAAAUAUCGGAUAGAGAGUAAGAAAUGCGAUUAAAGGGAUAGGAAAUGUAUACCGAGUGGAUUGAAAAGUGCCGACGAGAGACACCCUCAUAUGACAGAUAAGCUGGCCAAUAAGGCCCGCUUAGGCCUUUUUUAGGCCCUUCUUAGGCCCUUCUUAGGCCCUUUUUAGGCCAUUCUUAGGCCCUUCUUAGGCCCUUCUUAGGCCCUACUUAGGCCCUUCUUAGGCCCGCUUUGGCCUCCUCGAGCUAUUGGAAAUAUUCCUAAUGGAGUCCCAGAGUAAAAACGACAGGCACCAGAUUAUUCUGUAAUUAUUCUGUUAUAGAUCUGUAUGUUGUUUAUGGUGAGCAAAUGAAGGACUUUCAAACUUCAGUGACUGCAUAUAAUAUUUCCCGUCUGCACACUGUAUGCUUAGAAUUUCAUAUUUGCCAAAGCCAAGGACAGCUGAUCCGUCAAAAAAAGUCCGAUUAAAGUUUAUUCCGAUAUUUCAUGCCAGAAAUGCUUACCCAUUUUAUGGGGCUUAAGACUCUUCUUACCCUUUUCUAAGGUGCUUAUACAUCGAACCUGCUGGCCCGGUUGCCAGGGCUUACCCGGUCAUCCGAGCUACGACUUUCUAACAUAUAUGGCUUGAAUCGAUUAUAUUGAGAAUGGCUGGCCCGACUUUAAUCGAUUACAUGAGCAAAAACAUUAAAUUGCAGCUCACUUUACCGGGCUAGCCUGUAGGAAGAAGACAGUAUCCGUCUAACCGGGCUCCCCGUUCCCCGUGUAAUCGAAAUUUUGCUAAACACAAAGUAUGCUCCCUCCUCGGUUAACCAGGCCAGCUUGCUCCAUGUAAGCAGCCCCUAAAUGCCCCCUGUUUUGGCCUCAUACUAGAAGUAACAAAUUUUGAAGCAAGCAUAAAAACUUGAAUAGUUAGCAUUCCAUUCUAUAUUUUUGGUAUGACCUCAUACCUUUCUCAGAAUGUACAUGACUCAUAUCUAUUCAUUAUUUCCCUGUUCUAGCAAACCUUAUUCAGACAGGGAACGCAACCUAACUUAAUCUCCUUUUACGGCAAAACAUCCGAUUUACUGUUCAGAUCUUAUGUGAUUUAUGUUAAAGAUGAUUUAUAUAUACAAUUAACUUAUGUUGCUUAAUAAAGACAUUAAUUGGA